GGGAGAGCUUGUCCGGGGGCAGGGUUGUCCGUGUACUGCCAAGCUGAGCUGUAGGAGUACAGCUAGUUGAGGUUUGAGGGUAGAGCUCCCUAGACGGGCUGAGUCAGAGCCCGCUCUUGCGGGUUCUUCUGCAGAGACUCGGGCUGCUGAGGUUGGACCUCACUGCUUGUUUCCCAUCAGCCCUGGCUGUAGACACCCUGCUGCCUUCCUUUGUGUUUCCAGAGGCUCCAGAAAAGCCAGGCAGUGUGGGUAUGGGACUGGAUAGUUUCCAAAGUGGCCUGCUUGUGGGACAGAAAUCAGUCUAAUAGCCCAAGACCUGUGUAUAAAGAAAAUGAAAUAGAAAAUACCAGCAUGCAUGACAAGCAUCAAGGGGUUCACCUACCGCCAGUGACGAACAGAUUUGACACACUUGAGUCGCGUAUAAACAAGAUGGCAACAGAGAGAUUGACCCCAUCUCAAAGUCUAUGAGGGGUAAGGCCCCUUCUGGCCCAAAGAUGGGGAACAUCACCACAGAGAACGUCUCACUACCCUGCCCCAUCGACCACACCAUCCACCAGACACUGGCCCCGGUGGUCUACGUGACCGUGCUGGUGGUGGGCUUCCCAGCCAACUGCCUGUCCCUCUACUUCGGCUACCUGCAGAUCAAGGCGCGGAAUGAGCUGGGAGUGUACCUGUGUAACCUGACCAUUGCAGACCUCUUCUACAUCUGCUCGCUCCCCUUCUGGCUGCAGUACGUGCUCCAGCACGACAACUGGUCCUAUGGCGACUUCUCCUGCCAGGUGUGCGGCAUCCUCCUCUAUGAGAACAUCUACAUCAGCGUGGGCUUCCUCUGCUGCAUCUCCAUCGACCGCUACCUGGCCGUGGCCCACCCCUUCCGCUUCCACCAGUUCCGAACCCUGAAGGCAGCCGUGGGGGUUAGCGUGCUCAUCUGGGUCAAGGAGCUGCUGACCAGCGUCUACUUCCUCAAGCACAAGGAAGUCAUCGAGGACGAGGACCGGCACCGAGUCUGCUUUGAGCAUUACCCCAUCCAGGCCUGGCAGCGUGGCAUCAACUACUACCGCUUCCUCGUGGGUUUCCUCUUCCCCAUCUGCCUGCUGCUGGCCUCCUACCGGGGCAUCCUGCGGGCUGUGCGCCGCAGCCACGGCACACAGAAGAGCCGCAAGGACCAGAUUCAGCGGCUGGUGCUCAGCACCGUGGUCAUCUUCCUGGCUUGUUUCCUGCCCUACCACGUGCUGCUGCUGGUCCGCAGCCUCUGGGAGGCUAGCUGUGACUUCGCCAAGAGCAUCUUCAACGUCUACCACUUCUCCCUCCUCCUCACCAGCUUCAACUGCAUAGCUGAUCCGGUGCUGUACUGCUUCGUCAGUGAGACCACUCACAGGGACCUCGCCCGCCUCCGAGGAACCUGCCUAGCCUUCCUUACCUGCUCCAGGACAAGCAGGACCAGGGAGGCCUACCCUCUGGGUGCCCCUGAGGCCUCUGGGAAAAGUGGGGCCCAAGGCGAGGAACCUGAAUUGUUAACCAAGCUCCACUCAGCCUUCCAGACCCCUAACUCACUGGGAGCGGGAGGGUCCCCCACAGUUGGGUUGGCCUAGUUAUCCUUCUGUGAGGCUAGGUUAGGCCUGAGCUUUCACCAACAGGCCUUGUGGUCUGGAGCUUGCGUGGUGGUUGUCUCCCACAUUGCCAUGUACAGGUGCCUCUCCCCUCAGGAAGGUCCCCCUGGCUCCUGGAAGCCGGGGCACUGCUGAGCGUGUGAAUGAGCCCUGUCUUCUCCUAUGUCUGCUGCCACCUGGGCUGCAGGUGGGACAGAGUCAGAAUUGUCACUCCAGGAAGUUUGCAAGGAGCAGGGCUGGGGCAUGCAGGAGGAGAGCAGGAACCUGGGUGUUCGCCUGGCGAGCCUUACAGUACCACUGUCGUCACGGGACACCAGUCCAAACGUGCUGUGGUCUUGUGUGACACAGGAAGCUGUAUUGUCACUAUUAAUGCUUGAGCUCAGCUCUCUAGCAAGCCUAGACCGGAAGACUGGUUAAGGUGAAGCGUGGGGGUAAGGGUUGGAGUUCUGGUGUGGAUGGGGCAGGAGCAACAGCAGAGUGGCCAUCCUGGAGAAGAUCCAGGACCAGACACAUCUCACUCUUACAGGGCUGGUUGAAUAAAUCCCCCAACCCCAAUAUCUGAUGACAGUGAAACCCCAGGGCUCCCUGGGGAGAUGCCGAGGGCCCUUCAAAAUGUCAUCCCGAACCUCAAGGAAGAGGACUCGGGCCUGAGGCUGAAUCCCUAGCUGAGUUCUCAACAGGGUUUUUUCUUAAUUAGCUUUCUGUUUCCAUCCCACCAGAGUGCUAGACCCGAGAGCCUAAGGGAAGAGAGGAAAGAAUAUAAAAAUUGCAAGGUGUCCAUGGCAACUGUGUGCCAAGACCCUGAUACCAGGGUCAUGUGACUGCUGCCAGGAACUCCUACCCUUUGCCCCACACAAAGAGCAUCCAGCAACCUUUGAGAGGAGUGUGCCAGUUUCCCAGAGUUCCUAGGUAUAACUAAACUAACAACACACACCCAUUGUCGUGUCUCUUGACCACAGGUUUGGGCUCAAGCUCCACUCUAGUAUAAAUCUUGUAGGAGAGUUGCCAGAGGGGGCUGCAUGCCAGAACAACCCACACCUACCCAAGCCUAGGACCUUCUGGGGCAGGGCUAAAAGCUGAGUGGUCUGCACCUCUUCAUUCCGUAGUAUCCCCCAACCCCAUUUUGACCUGAAAUUGUGAAUUCUGACUGGCUUGGACUGGAAUGAGCUGAGCCUAGCCCCCUUAUUAUCGAGAGCUGUAUUUUUGUAUCGUCUCCUCUCUUCUGCCGAGUAUUCCUGUGUUGGACUGUGAGGUGGAUUUAUGUAGUAACUUCAGUCUGGAAAUAAAG